CCCCUCACUGUCCGUCGGUUGUCUUGCCGACCGUUUGGCGCGGACGUUCUCACAUCCUUGCUCGUUUUUAGUCCUUCUCGUCCAAGCAGGCCUGAAUAGGAGGCAGUUCCACUGAGAUCGGUCGCUAGGCCUAGGGAUAGGUAGCGUGCUUCCCAAGUCCACAAAUGGCGUCCCCUUCCUGCAAUCAAUGGAGAACACCGUAAAGCUCGCUGUGUGUUCCACAAUAGGCCCCCAGUUCGCUUCAAGAUUGUGCGACGUCUCGAGAACAUUUCGUCGGCAUUUCUCGUCCGACCAAGUGGAGGGUGAAUGAAGCGGGUCCACUUCUGUAUGCGUGGAUGGGCAGGCCCGAAAGUGCUCAGCAUCAUCAGUCGUUUGGGCGCCAAAGGAAACUCGAUUUAGAACUGCCUUGAUAUCAAGGACGAAAAAAAAUAGUUAUUAUCUUUGGUUCCGGAACUCAAGCCUUGAGUUAACGUUCCUGUGGUCUUCCCACCAAAUCAACCAAGCAGUGUUAUUGAACCGUUUCCAUCCCCUGAAACAAUUGGCAAAGACUGAAAAGAGAAGCAGAGUUCAUUUAUGAGUCUGCUGAAACACCACGCCCAACGUCUAAUCCUUGUCGCAUGGUUUGCGAAUUAUAAAGUGCUUUUUUUCAUUGCUUUGUUUCACAAAAUCUUGGCCAUUCAUCCAAAUCCGUGUACAUACGUAUAUGCAAGUGGAAGAGACGAGCUCCUUAGUGUUGUUUCGAUUGAGUGACGAGCCUGUAAGCAAGGACGUCCAAUUAUCUUUGGGCCAUUCUGCCAGCAGACAAAACACUCUCCACGGCGGACUCCCUCAAGAACCGACUUGGUGCUUCUGUUGUACCUUCUCCAGUCCAUGUAGGAUUGCUUUUGACAUUGGACUGCGUGAGAAAAAAGUAGGAGAAGCCUUAUCAUCCUAUUGUUCUCGCCUCUUUGCUCAUUCUCCCACUCUUUACUCUGGUUCUAGCGCCCAGCUUCCUCGUUUACAUUACGAAUUAGAGUAAUUACUAAAGCUCUGCCCUCUUCGGGCGUCCCUUUUACUCCAUCACAUCUCAUCUUCAUUUAGUCUCAACUUGGGGCUCACUCACUCAUUGGCACCUUCGAAGUACAGUGGGUGCUUGUGAGGUCUCCUUCUGAUUGCCACAAGCAGAAAGUGUUCUAUUCAAAAUGACUUCCGUUCUACGAACUUGUCACCUUCUUCCGGCGAAGAAAAAUAUUCACGUGGAUGAAGAUAAAGAAAGUGAUCCGGAUCACAAUCACUCAGUCUCCUUCGCCACGUAUACCCAGAAUAUUACACCUAUUUCUGCAACGGAAGAUGAUGCUUCCCGAGCUGAUGAAGCCGAUUUCAAACACACUUUGCAUCAAAGCAGAUCUGCCCCAACUAGUCCUAAGAAGUCUCCCACCAAAGGGGACAAAAACGCUCUUCUGGAAGACUUUAAACCCAACCAAAUUCAGGCGUUGGAAGGAACCAGCGCUAACUUAAAGGCCAAAAACAAAAAGGACAAAAAGGACAAGAAAGCCGAAUUGGCUGCCAAGAGAAAGGCUCAAAAACCAGCCAAAGUAACGGGUUGUGGUGCCAUUUUUACUCCCCAGGGAGCGGAUAGUAACAUUAUUCGCUCUGGACAUCAGGAAUUCAAUACCCUGUACGCUUCCAAUGAUGUUGUGACUGGUCCAUUGAUGGUCAAUGUACUGAACGCUCCAAAUAACUCGACGGUCCAAUGUGGAUGUGAAAACGUCAAUUGCCCAUUUUGUAACCUCAUGUUAAGCAUUGAGAAAACCGACCCCUCGGUUUUGCAAUGAGCCAUAUGCUCUGAGUACAAAUCAAAUACAACAAAUGCAUCGGUGGUUUUCGUUAGGAAGCAUGCAUGAUAUGUUCACUUCCAUUUGGAAUGUCGAUGUUAGUUCAUGUUCUAGAAUUCGAUUUGCAUUUGUCUCUCUUUUCUAAAUUCGCCCCUCGUUUUCCCAAUGCUCGUUCUUGUUCAAAUAGAUGUGUCCCCUCAGGCUAUGAUGCCAAGACGGAUUUUGACAAAUUUUCAAGGCCCCUCCGUGUUCUAUAGACAAAUGGAUCUUUUCCGAUCUUUUUAGCUCGUGCGCGAUAUAAAAAACUGGGCUUUUCUGCCUGAAACUUCAUCCCUUUGGAAGAGCAAAGAAUGACCGCCAAAAACUCACUUUAUCACGAAAGAAAAAAAACCGACAAAUAUGAUACUAUCACCUUCGUAACACACUAUUUAUAGUCAUGAUUAAAAAAAUGUCUUUGGUCUUCUUCUCAACCUCUCUUUCUUAAGUGGCUUUUGGAUCAAGUUGGCUUUCCAAAUGUUUGUUUGGUUGUUUUUGACCAAAAAGCAGGAGAGUGCACACAAUUCCGAAACAUGCAGAGGGCAAGGAGCUAUCAAGUUCAAAUGGUUGUGUGAUUUAAUUGUCACGAAAAGCUUAUAGCAUCCGAAGCCAAACUACUUCGUUAAGAUCAAGAGCCCCCUUACCAGGUUACAAAGAGCUAGACUUUGUUGAAGCCCGUGCUGCUCGCAGUAUUACCCGCAGUACAUACUCGUACUUCACUUGUUAUCAUCCUCUUUGUUACAGUCCAUGCGCAUGUGCAUUAGAUCAUAACAGUAUUUCAGAGAUGUAAACUGUACAUUGGAAUGCCUGUUCUGCAAUACAUCCACCAACCCCUUUUGAUUGACCUUCUUGCUUUGAACAUCCUUUAGAGCCUUAAUUUGCGUUUGGAUAACAAUAGGAAGGAGCGCGAGUAUGGACUAUUUAAAUGUUGUCGUGUUAUCUUGUUUACGAACAAUCAGACAGCAUAUUCGAAAAUACCUAUUGCGUCCUGUUGGCACAAGUGAAUCAAUAAGAAAUGGAAAUAAAUGAGCCCAACGAGCAAACAUUUCA